AUGACCGAUUUCAGGCCCUCCGACGCGGAUCAAGCCCGUUCCCUCCGCGACAGGAUCUUCCACAUUUUCCGGGCCUCCUCGUCUCCUAGCUUAGUAUCUCGCUCCGGAGCGCACACCGAUACGAUGGGCAGGACAGAUUUCGCAAGAGGUGAUUCACAAGAAGUCAAUACUCGAACUCGGCUGUUGAGAUCGUACGACCGACGAGAUCCUCCCUGCGGCUUGGGAGAUUCUUGUAAUCAUGGCACCUUCACUCCGCGAGUGACGACUGAUGAGCAUCCCGGAUGGCGGACGACCUCUAUGCCCGAGUUUGGGGGCGAACGAUCACGCGCAUUUGGGGACCUUAGCCAGCAGUCUACCAGCGGAACACCGAGCGUUGAAGGCCCAGAGAAUAUACCAGUAGCUGGCGGCUCAUCACCGCCUCCUGUAAAACAUAGUAAAUCAAUGUAUAUAUCGUAUUAUAUCCCGUUCUUCAACUGGAUAACUCAAUAUCGUCUAUCCUAUCUCCGAGGCGAUUUCAGCGCUGCCCUGACAGUUGCCUCGAUAUACAUUCCAAUGGGACUUUCUCUGUCGAACAUCGCCCACGCGCCCCCGACUAACGGUCUUUACUCUUUCGUUUUCCAACCGUUCAUAUACGCGAUACUAGGAAGUUCGCCACUGUUGGUUCUUGGACCAGAAGCAGCCGGAUCGCUUCUGACUGGGACGAUUGUCAAGGCCAGUGUGAAUCAGGGAACUUCAGGAGAGGAAGACGAGGCUGCCAAUGCAAUAGUUGUCGGAGUGGCUACUGCCUUGGCCGGUGCUAUGAUUUUGGUGGCUGGGAUAUUCAGAUUGGGCUUUUUGGAUAACGUCCUGAGCCGGCCUUUCUUAAGAGGCUUCAUCACGGCCAUCGGCUUUGUUAUUUUCGUGGACCAAUUUAUCCCCGAGCUUGGUUUGGCCGCAGAAGCAAAAGAGGCCGGAGUAACUCACGGGAGCACUAUCGACAAGCUGGUAUUUAUCUUUCGAAAUAUCGGACACUCUCAUGGCUUAACAGCAGCUGUCGCAUUCGCGAGUUUUGCCAUUAUUAUGGUUUUCCGGACUCUUAAAAGACACAUCCAGCCACGGUAUCCACAGGUGAUUUACUUUCCUGACCGAAUCAUUGUUGUUGUUCUCUCAGCAGUUUUGACACAGCAACUCGGCUGGCACCACAAAGGACUUGAAAUUUUGGGUGAAACCAAGGAUUCCGGCAAUGGUGUCUUUGAUUUUGAGUGGCCCUUCCAGGUCAAAUAUGUGAAGCACAUGCGUACCGCACUGAGCACUUCGUUUAUCAUUGCGCUGCUUGGCUUUUUCGAAUCGUCUGUGGCUGCCAAAGGUCUUACCGGUGUCGAAAAUAAAGGUGUUCAAGGAAUUCAAGUCAGCCCUAAUAGAGAAAUGGUUGCACUAGGUUUCGCCAACGUUGUAGGUGGGUGCUUUCUGUCACUCCCCGCUUUCGGUGGAUACGCAAGAAGCAAAGUCAAUGCCUCGACUGGUGCUCGCUCUCCAAUGAGCAAUAUCAUGCUCAGCCUUAUAUCAUUGCUUUGCAUCCUGGUUCUCUUGCCCUAUCUCUAUUAUCUUCCGGUCAGUCUCGGGCAUAACCCUUUUGCACGCAUAGCUAACCUGGAGUAG